GUCGGUUUGUCGCGAAUUUACCAAUAUCAGUAGCGAAUUGUUUCCACUGCAGUCCUAUCGAUGUAUUGGUGAUAAAAUAAUACCAAUCUUAUCAAAGAUUAUGUAAGAUUUCUUUCAGUCGGCUCAGUUUGUGCUGUAGUGUAACCGGAUUAUAAAAUGGGGAAGAAAAAAUGGAUAACGCCGUUCAAAAAACAGUGUUUCGUGACGCUGGGCGUGUCACUAAAUAUGGCUGGUCACGGGCUGGUGAUGGGCUUCGCGGCCAUCCUCCUCCCGCAGCUGCGCCGACCUGACUCCAUCAUACCCAUCGAUGAUACUUCAGGCUCAUGGAUAGCCUCAAUUCUGGGUUUCGCACUGGUAGCCGGCAACUUCAUCAUCCCCACCAUUAUGGCUAAAUACGGCCGAAAGACUGCCAACCUGGUGAGCAUCGCACCCAUGAUUGUGGGCUGGUUCUGCAUCAUCACCGCAACAAACAUCACCGCGCUACUCAUCGCUAGGUUUCUCCAGGGACUCGCUAUGGGGAUGAGUGCUACUCUAGGACCUGUCCUUGUUGGGGAGUACACCAGUCCACGGAACAGAGGGGCAUUUUUGACCACCAUAUCUUUGACAAUCGCUACUGGUGUCCUUGUCGUCCACACUUUAGGAUCUUACCUGGCAUGGCAAACAGCAGCUCUUGUCUGUGCUUUCAUAACCUUUGUGGAUUUAUUAAUAGUUAUUUACUCACCUGAGUCUCCAAGCUGGCUCGCUGACCAAGGACGGUAUGAGGACAGUGAAAAAGUCUUUAGAUGGCUGAGAGGAGAAAGCGAGGAAGAAGAAUUGAAAAGGAUGAUAGAGACUAGCGUUAUCGUGAGAGAAUCUAAAGUUGACGCUAACGUAUCACAAUCUUUUACUUCUAAAGUUAGAUCUCAAAUCACUUACAUUAGUACCACGGUAAAGAAGAAGGAGUUCUACAAACCGAUAUUCGUUAUGAUUCAUAUUUAUACACUGGGACAAUGGGCUGGUGCUAACAUUCUCGCGGCUUACACUCUCGACAUCUUCUCUCAUGUCAUAGGAAAUGAUGCCAACAUUUCCUUACUAGUUAUAACUCUGGAUGCUCAGAGAAUCAUCUCGAACAGCAUCGCUGUAUAUGUUAUAAAAAAGAUUAGACGAAGAACGAUGUUGUUUGUAACUGUUGGAUUGAAUCUGUUCGCGUUUAUCGCUACUGCUGGAUACACUUACGCGAAGGGUCAUAACAUGUUGCCUUAUGAUCAUCCUUUUAUUGGCAUCUUAUUAAUACACAUUCAUAUGUUUACUAUCGCAACAGGAACUGUUCCCCUUCCGUUUAUUAUAGCAGGGGAAGUAUUUCCUUUGGAAUAUAGAAGUCUCGCUGGAGGGUUCAGUGUAUUAUUCCUUUCAUCAAAUCUGUUCAUCACAGUGAAGACUGUUCCUUAUCUCUUCAAGAACUUUGGUAUACAUGGAGCGUAUUUAAUUUACUCCGUCGUAGUUGGAUACUGUCUGGUGAUAGCCUGGUGGUUCCUCCCAGAGACGAAAGACCGAACGUUGCAAGAAAUAGAAGACGAGUUUAGAGGAAGACCGAUGUCUCCAGAAGAAUUGAAGUCGACGCAAUCGCUGACUUCUUUGAAAUAUAUGAACAAAGACAGAAGAUGUAGUAGUCCAGUUGUCUAAAAGAUUAAGUCACAAUAUUAAUUGUAAAUAGUUUAAUAGCAUAAUUUCAUGC